AGCACCUCUUUGCAUUCUGUUGUUUUAGGGGUGCUGCAUUUCCCGGAGGCACAUACUGCUGAAAAUUUGGCACAAGAAAAAGCAGCACUUAUGUCACAGUGGGAUAUUACUCACAAGGUUACUGACCUUGUGACUGAUGGUGCAGAAAAUAUGGGUGUUUGUGCAAGGGAGCUUCGUUUGCGUCACACAAUUUGUGUGGCGCAUACUUUGAACCUACUAAUAAAAAAGGCUCUGGACCAAAACCCUGUGUUGUCUGACAUCCGGGCAAGCUCCAGGAAGGUAGUGGGCUACUUCAAGAGCAGCACCACUGCAAAGGAGAGGCUGACAAAGGUGCAGGAGCAAAUGCGCUGGCCGGCACUGAAGCUCAUUCAAGAGGUGGAUACACGCUGGAACAGCACAUACCAUAUGCUCCAGCGUGUUUAUGACCUCAGGGAACCUGUAGGAGCGGCUUUGGCAGGCCUACGCACUGAGAUUGCCCCACUCUCAUCAAGGCAAUAUGAAAUCAUUGCAGAAUGUCUGAAAGUGCUGUCCUCAUUUAAUGAUGCCACAGUUGAGCUGUCAGAGGAGAAGAGAGUGUCUGGAUCCAAAGUCAUUCCACUAUUAUCGAUGCUACACCACGCACUGGAGGAGGAAAUGGGACUAGUCCAAACUCCAGAGAACACAGCAAUGGCUGAGAGUCUGAAGAGACAGUUAAGGGAGAAGUUUAACAACUUACAAUCAAUGAGCAUCAUAUCCCUGGCAACACUGCUCAAUCCCAGAUUUAAAAAGAUAGGCUUCUUUAGCCCCAAUAAAGCAGCAGAGGCCGAGAAGAGGCUCACAUCUGAAUGUUGCAAACUGUGGCAUCGUUUGGACGCCACAGUCCUGCAGACCAGGACCCAAACAUGUCACUGCGGACACAACAGUGGAGGUCCAAAGAUACCUGGCUGA